AUGGUGUGGUUCCACCUAAAGCUUCUUCGGACCCAAUCCACUGGAGAGAUCGGUACGGUUUGUGAGGAACUUAGUGUUCGAGAGGCUGCAACACCGGGGAGAAAGAGAAGGUCAGUUGGCACGUUGGGAGGAACUCCAGCGGCAGAACAAAACUACGAUGUAGGUGAGCGAGAACUUCUUGCUGUCAAGAGUACUUUAGAAGAAUGGCGCUACCUACUUGAGGGAGCCCCUCUACCCAUCACAGUCCACCAAUAUAUGAACAUUUUGAAUAAUUUUAAUGCCAGAAGAGAAGUAAUGUAUAGAUAUAACCUGUCAUAUGAGGAGAAUAAAUACAACAAAUACAAUAAUAACAGUUUUGCAUAUGUUAAUGUCGGUUCGUUCGAUACAAAACUAUUAGAGGAUCAGCAGCUUACUAUUGAAAAAGAAAUAAAGUGGAAACAUGGUAAGAUCCCAAAUGCUCGGUGCAAAGACUUUUGUCCUCAUGGAUACAGAAAAACCCCUGGAGGAACCUAUCACAAAUGCUGCUAUGAAUGUGUCCCAUGUUCAGAGGGGGAAAUGUCUAAUGUAACAGACAGUGAUAACUGCCAGAAAUGUCCUGACAAUGAAUGGCCAGAUGAGAGAAAAACAAAGUGUAUUCCUAAAACCUAUGACUUUCUUUCAUAUGAAAACAAUAUUAUGACUACAGUUUUUUCUUCCAUAUCUGUUUUAUUUUCACUUAUAACUGUAUUUAUUUUGAUAAUAUUUGUUUUAUUCUGGGACACUCCCAUUGUCAGAGCAAAUAACCGGAAUCUCAGCUUCCUCCUCCUGGUCUCUCUCAUGCUGAGCUUCCUCUGUGUGUUUCUGUUCCUCGGUCGUCCUGUGGAUAUAACCUGCAUGCUGCGUCAAACCUCUUUUGGGAUCAUCUUCUCAGUAGCUGUAUCUUCUAUACUGGGCAAAACUAUCAUGGUUUACAUCGCUUUCAAGGCUACUAAACCAGGAAGCUCAUGGAGAAUGUGGGUUGGGGUCAAAGUGUCUAAUGUUAUAGUUCUGAUCUGCUCAUCUGUUCAGGUUCUGAUUAAUGUUCUUUGGUUGUGCAUUUUCCCUCCUUUUCAAGAACUGGACAUGCACUCUUACCCUGGAAGGAUCAUCAUUCAGUGUAAUGAAGGCUCAGUUAUUGCCUUUUACUCUGUUCUGGGUUAUAUGGGGGUUCUGGCAGCUGUUAGUUUUAUUAUUGCUUAUUUUGCCAGGACAUUACCAGACAGUUUUAAUGAGGCCAAGUAUAUCACCUUCAGCAUGCUGGUGUUCUGUAGUGUGUGGAUUGCAAUGAUCCCGGCUUAUCUGAGCACAAAAGGGAAAGACAUGGUGUCUGUAGAGAUCUUUGCCAUAUUAACUUCUAGUGGUGGCUUGUUAGGCUGUAUAUUUUUUCCAAAAAGUUAUAUAUUACUGAUAAAACCUGAGAUGAAUACUAAAAUACAUAUGUUGGGAAAAGAUCAAAUCAUGAAACUAUAA